ACCACCAUCUUCUCCGGUCACCAUCUUCUCCGGCCAAAAAACGACGAUCGCUCGUAAUCAGCUGAUGGCUGAUGAUGAAAUCACCACUGUCUCUGAGGAGGGCGUAUAUCCUAUCUUACAAUGCCUUAUAUCUCUCAAAAUUCACCUGUCGAUUUUACAGUAGAGAAAUGGCAUCAAACACAGAGGGUGGCAGGAGCUUUGCAAGGAGGGAUCAGCUGCUGGAGAUUCAAGCUGAGGUUCAAAAGAGAUGGGAGGAGAAUGGUGUCUUCAAAGCCGAAUCUCGUGGAAAGCCUCCUGAAGUGGGUGAAAAGUUCUUUGGAAAUUUCCCUUACCCAUACAUGAACGGUUCACUUCAUUUGGGUCAUGCAUUCUCACUUUCCAAGCUUGAAUUUGCAUCUGCUUAUCAUAGGUUACGAGGUUCCAAUGUAUUGUUGCCUUUCGCUUUUCAUUGCACUGGAAUGCCUAUCAAGGCCUCUGCAGAUAAGCUCACUAGGGAAAUUCAACAAUUUGGAAAUCCGCCCAUUUUUCCUUCCAUAGAGGAUGAGACAAGUGUACAAGUUACCAACGGGAGUAAACCGGAGGAGGGAAACACAGAGCAGAUUCAGCCUGAUAAAUUCAAGAGCAAGAGGUCGAAGGCUGCUGCAAAAUCGGGUGGGGAUAAGUUUCAGUGGGAAAUCAUGAGGUCUUUUGGUCUUUCUGACAGCGAGAUCGUGAAGUUUAAAGACCCAUAUCAUUGGCUGAGCUACUUCCCUCCUCUGGCGAAGGAAGAUCUGAAGGCAUUUGGUUUGGGUUGCGAUUGGCAACGAUCCUUCAUCACAACGGACAUGAACCCCUAUUAUGAUUCUUUUGUUAGAUGGCAGAUGAGGAAGCUGAAGGAGAUGGGGAAGAUCGUUAAGGAUAUGAGAUACACGAUAUAUUCUCCCUUAGAUGGCCAACCAUGUGCAGAUCAUGACAGGGCUUCAGGUGAAGGUGUUCAGCCACAGGAGUAUACCUUAAUCAAAAUGGAAGUGGUCCCACCCUUCACAUCCAAGUUGAAAGCUUUGGAAGGAAGGAAAGUAUUCUUAGCUGCUGCCACAUUGAGGCCGGAGACCAUGUAUGGGCAAACAAAUUCAUGGGUUUUGCCCGACGGAAAAUAUGGCGCUUUUGAGAUUAACGAGACAGUGGUGUUUAUCAUUACUCAGAGGGCUGCACUGAACCUUGCAUAUCAGAAAUUGUCAAGAAUUCCGGAGAAGCCAACCUGCUUGCUUGAGCUGACUGGCCAUGAUUUGAUCGGUUUGCCCCUAAGGUCCCCUCUUGCAUUCAACGAAAUCAUUUACUUGCUUCCCAUGCUCACGAUCUUAACUGAUAAAGGCACGGGAAUUGUGACCAGCGUGCCUAGUGACUCGCCUGAUGAUUUUAUGGCCAUGCACGAUUUGAAAUCGAAACCAGCCCUUAGAUUGAAGUUUGGUGUGAAGGAUGAGUGGGUUUUGCCCUUUGAGGUCAUACCCAUCAUCAAUAUUCCAGAAUUCGGGGACAAAUCCGCAGAGAAAGUAUGCAUUGAUUUGAAGAUCAAGAGCCAGAAUGACAAAGAAAAGCUUGCAGAGGCAAAGAGAUUAACAUACUUGAGAGGCUUCACUGAGGGCACGAUGAUCAUUGGGGAAUUCAAGGGGAAGAAAGUUCAGGAAGCAAAGCCGUUGAUAAGGAGCAUGCUUUUGGAAAGGGGUGAGGCAGUUGUAUACAGCGAGCCUGAGAAAAGGGUCAUGUCAAGAUCGGGAGACGAGUGCAUUGUGGCUCUCACAGAUCAGUGGUAUCUUACCUAUGGGGAGGCAGAGUGGAAAAAGAAAGCCGAGGACUGUUUGUCCAACAUGAAUCUCUACUGUGAUGAGACACGCCAUGGCUUUGAACAUACCUUGAGCUGGCUGACACAGUGGGCUUGUUCACGGUCUUUCGGGCUUGGCACACGCCUUCCAUGGGAUGAACAGUUCCUCGUCGAGUCGUUGUCAGAUUCCACCCUCUACAUGGCAUACUAUACCAUUGCUCAUCUGUUGCAAAAUGGCGAUAUGUACGGGUCGGAUAAUUCUUUGGUUAAACCCGAGCAGAUGACUGAUGAUGUUUGGGACUUCAUUUUUGGAGGUGGGCCGUUUCCCAAAUCUGAUCUUCCAGCGUCCCUUCUUAACCAAAUGAAGCAAGAAUUCGAGUAUUGGUACCCAUUUGAUUUGCGGGUAUCUGGUAAGGACCUUAUCCAAAAUCACCUCACAUUUUGCAUCUACAAUCACACAGCACUUUUGCCCAAAUACCAGUGGCCUCGUGGGUUCAGAUGCAACGGACACAUCAUGCUUAAUUCCGAAAAAAUGUCCAAGUCUACUGGAAAUUUCAGGACCAUGCGCCAGGCAAUAGAAGAAUUCUCCACCGACGCAACUAGAUUUUCAUUAGCUGAUGCUGGGGAUGGAAUGGACGAUGCGAACUUUGUUUUUGAGACGGCGAAUGCUGCAAUCUUACGUCUUACAAAAGAGAUUGCAUGGAUGCAAGAAAUACUGGCUGCGGAAUCAACUCUGAGGACGGGCCCCCCAUCUACUUAUGCAGAUCAUGUGUUUGCCAAUGAAAUAAACAUCGCCGUGAAGAUGACUGAGCAGCACUAUGCUGAUUUCAUGUUUAGGGAGGCUCUCAAAACAGGCUUUUAUGACUUGCAGGCUGCUAGAGAUGAGUACAGGUUCUCGUGCGGGAUGGGAAGCAUGAACCGUGAUCUGCUGUGGCGGUUUAUGGAUGUCCAGACACGACUAAUUACUCCCAUUUGCCCACACUAUGCGGAGCACAUGUGGAAAGAAAUGUUGAAGAAGGAUGGCUUUGUUGUGAAGGCAGGUUGGCCGAUGGCAGAUUCACCAGACCUCACUCUCAAAAGGGCUAAUAAAUAUUUACAGGACACUAUCAUUUCGAUGAGAAAGAUGCUUCAGAAGCAAGCGGCACCGAAGAAAGCAAAGAAAGGGGCCCCAGCGGUUACAGCUGAAGAAAACAAGCCAACGAUAGGCAUGAUAUAUGUGAACGAGCAGUACGAUGGCUGGAAAGAGACAUGCUUGAGGAUACUUCAGAGCAAAUACAUCGAUGCUAGCCAUUCAUUUGCAUCCGAUCAAGAGAUCCUUGGAGCAUUGAAGGAAAGCACUGAGAACUUCAAGGAGAUUCAAAAGCACUGCAUGUCCUUCAUGAAGUUCAAGAAGGAUGAGGCACUGUCCGUUGGUCUUCAGGCGCUGGAUUUGAAGCUACCAUUUGGUGAGAUCGAGGUCCUCCAGGAGAACUCCGAGCUGAUAAAGAGGCAGUUGGGUCUUGAGCAUGUUGAAAUAAUAUCCACAUCAGAAGAUGGUGCUUAUAUGAAAGCGGGUCCACACAGGCUGGUGCUGGAAAAGAAUCCUCCAUCGCCGGGCAAUCCUAUUUCUAUCUUCUUGUAUAGGUCAGAGUAUCCACUGAUUUCUACUCUCACAUUAGAUUAGUUGUUUUCCCCCUUCCAUUUCUGAUUUUGGGACUAUUAGGAGAUUGUUAUCUAGUUGAUUAUCAUCCUUGUGGAUGUUUAAGUUGUUCCUGUUCCAAAAGAGUUUUUGUCCAAUUUCAUUGUCUUGUUUUAUUUUGCUUUUUGUUAAGCAAUUUUUGUUUGGUAAAUUAAUCAGCUCGUUUUAUGAUUUAUUUAUUUAUAAAUAUAAUUGAAUCAGCUCCAUUUUCAUC